UAUGAGCCCCAAUCUGAGCCCCAAUCGUUGUCUUCUCCUUCUCGCCGUUCUCACUCAAAACUGUCGUUCUCACCGUUCUCUUUCACCCAAUCUGAGCCCUAAUCUGAGCCCCAAUCUGAGCCCCAAUCAUUGUCUUCUCCUUCUCGCCGUUCUCACUCAAAACUGUCGUUCUCACCGUCAAUCAACCAGCUGCACUCGCCGUCGAACUAGUCGCGCACUCACCGUCGAACCGGAGUUGCACUCGCCGUCGAACCGGAGUUGCACUCGCCGUCGAACCGGAGCUGCACUCGCCGUCGAACCAGUCGCGCCGUCGAACCCGAGCUGCACUCACCGUCGUUCUCACCGUUCUCGCACCACUGAGAAGCAAUGGCUCGAAGAAGAAAGUUAAAUAUUCGACAUCGAGCAA